CACUACUACUUCCCAAAGCCAAAGCUUUUCGUCAGUUGUAAAAGUCGAAUUUUUCAUUUUUUCUUCCAAACUAUGGAAACGCAUUCAAAGAGCAGCUCGAUUCUGCCAAUGGCGUCGGCUGAUCCUCCGGCGCAAGAGGAAGGCAAGUUCUUCAAAGGAUCCGCCAUGACUAGGAGGGGCGCUUAUGCCGCCAUCUUUUACAUGACUUGUGCUGUGCUCUUGGUGAUGUUCAAUAAGGCUGCUCUUUCUUCAUACAAUUUCCCAUGCGCCAACGUCAUCACUCUUUGUCAGAUGAUAAGUUCAUGCAGUUUUCUUUAUGUACUGCGACGCCUAAAGCUCAUUUCAUUUAGUACAAAUGAAUCAUUAGCCCUGAAUGAUAGUUCGAAGAUGUUGGUAUCAGUAAAGACAUUGAUCAACACUUCACCGCUCUCUCUAACCUAUUUGCUUUACAUGCUAGCCUCUAUGGAGUCGGUUCGGGGUGUAAAUGUACCUAUGUACACAACCUUAAGGAGAACGACAGUUGUAUUUACUAUGAUACUCGAGUAUGUCCUCGUGAGGCAAAGGUACACGCGUCCUAUUCUUGGAAGUGUGGCAUUAAUUGUGUUAGGUGCUUUUAUUGCGGGAGUCCGGGACUUGUCAUUUGACUCCUACAGCUAUCUGGUUGUUUUUGUAUCUAACAUCUCCACCGCAGUAUACCUCACAACCAUAGCUCGCAUUGGCAAAUCUAGUGGGCUCAGUAGCUUUGGUCUAAUGUGGUGCAACGGAAUAUUUUGCGGUCCCAUUUUACUGAUCUCAACCAUUUUCCGAGGUGACUUGGAGAGGAUCAAGAAUUUUCCAUAUUUGACAUCUCCCGGUUUCCUGGUGGUAUUGCUUUUGUCCUGCAUCCUGGCUUUUUUCCUGAAUUAUAGUAUAUUCCUCAACACAACUCUGAAUUCCGCACUCACACAGACAAUAUGUGGAAAUCUGAAGGACUUUUUCACGGUUGCACUCGGAUGGAUAAUUUUCGGUGGGCUGCCGUUUGAUUUAUUGAAUGUCACCGGGCAACUCAUCGGCUUCAUUGGCUCAGCGAUGUAUGCCUACUAUAAGCUUAUCGGAAAAUGACCAGAUUUUGUUAAUCCGACAGUCAAUUGAUGUGAUUGCCUGAAGAGUCUGAGGUGUUUUUUAUAUGCGGUGAUGGGAAGUCCAUUAAGUUAUUAGGUUCCAGAAUCAGAAUGCAGUGUGAUAGCUGCUUCAAUUAGCAACUCUUUACCAUUUACUUGAGACUGACUUCAUUUGCUCUUUAGUUAAAAAAAUCAAAAUUUUGAGACUAUACACCAACACUCCAUGGCAUAGCAGAAAUUU